AUGUUACUGACAAUUAAAUAUUAGGGGAGAGUGAAAUAAUUGAAUAUAGAUAGAAGAAUAAAUGUUUAGUCUUUAUAAAUAUUAUUAGGGCAAUUAUUUAGUACAAAUAAUCAAAUAAUUGGAUUAAUUGAUUUAGAUGGUAAAUCUUAAAUAAAUAAAGUGUAGGCAAUUAUUUUGAUUUAGUAUAAUUUGUUAAAUAAUUGAAUUACACAAGAUGCAAUAGUUAUACAUUAGUAAGUGAGGAUGGAUAAAAUAUGGAAGAUAACAAAUUAUAAUAAAUAAAUAUGAAACAUAGUUGGAUUUAAGAUUAUAAUAAUAAACUUCAAUUUAUAGAUUUUAUUUAUGAUUUAGAGGAAUUUUAAAAUAUAUUAGGAGAUGAUUAAUAUACAUGCAUAUAUUUGAUUGAUGAAAAAGAUGUAUCAGCAUUUGAUUUUCUAUGUUCUUUAGAGUAUACAAUAAAUAAUCUAAAUAAUUGGAUCAAUUUUUAUUAUUCAUUUAGUAAUAGAUCAUAAGAAUAAGUAAGAGAAUACGAUAAUCAGAAUAAGAUAUUAUGGGUGUAUAAAGGAUAAAAGAGAAUUGUGUCUAUCUUAUUGAAUAAUGAUAAAAAGAUAAAGUAAAUGGAAGAUAUAAUUGAAAAACUAGUUUAAACUAAGAUUUAUGGUUCAAGUAUUAAGAAUUCUAAUGUCAGAUAAUCAUCUUAAAUUUCAUCAUAAAAAUCUCAAGAUAAAAGAAGAAGUAAAUCAAUUAAAAAAUUGGUUGAAGAAUCAUAAAUUAAUAAUAAUUUUAAUUCUUAAAAUUCGAAACUCUUAGGUUCUAGAUAUGUUACUAAAGUUUAAGCAAAAGUUAUUUAAAGAAUACCAUCAAGAGGAAGUGAUAUUCCAGAAAAUUAAGUUUCUUAUAAUCUCUCAAAUCUAAAUGAAUCCACAAUAAAUUAACAAGAUCUAUUAUUUAAAAUUAUUGCUGAUUUAGAAGAUAACGAAUUGUUAGAUCUGACAACGAGUAGAUUACUUAAAAGAUUAAUUAUUGAAGAAAAUAAAGAAAUUAUUACACUUUUCUUAUAAUAUUAACAAAGAACACUUGAUAUCCAAGGAUUAUGUGAAAAACUGAAUAAAAUAAUUGAAAAAUCUACUAAUCAAUAAAGACCUACUUCACCUUUCUAAAAUUUAAAAUAAACUAAAUAAUAAUAAAUUAAUAAUAAUUUAUAAGCUUAAGAAUAAAUUAAUAAUAAUUUAUAAUCUUAAGAAUCAAAUGAAGAUAUUAAAAAAUUGAUUAUUGAAAAAAAUAAUUAUAAUUUCUCUUCUGAAUAAUUUGGUAUCAUAAAUCAUUUAUGGAAUCAAAAUGAUCCAUUAAUUAUUAGAUUAUGUUCUGAUAUUUAUCAUAAAGAACUUAGAAAAGAAUAAGCAUCUUUAAAACCUUUAUAAUUAUAUGCUGAUACUAAAUUUAAUGAAUUAUUAUAAUCAAACUUUAAUAAAUAAGAAAUAAAUAUUAUUUAAGAAUGUAAAAAUAAUAAAUCUGGGUCUAUUUAUGUCACUUUAUAACAUUUUAGAUAUGAAACAAAUAUCAAUUAUUUUAUUAAUGAUUUGAAAAAAGCAUUAUAAUAAAUUCAUAAUCAAAAUUAAAAUUUAACUGAACCAGAAAAAUAGAAUAAUUAAUAAUCAAAAGAAAUUAACCUAUUCAAAUUUUAAUCAUUAAAAGCUCCUUCUCCAUUAUGUGUAUUGAUGCCUAAUUUUUAAAAUUUAGCUAAUGAAGCUUUAUCACCUCCAUACUAAUAAUCUUAAAAACAUGAAGAAGAUAAUUAAAAAUAUUAAUAAUAUGGUAAAAUAUCAGAUGAAUUGUAAAGAGUUUAAUUGUUUUAAACAUUUCCAAUUUAAUAAACAAAUAUAACAUAAUAAAUUGAGAAAGAAUUAGAAAUCUAAUAAUAAAACAAUUAAUAAAAUUAACCUAAAUUAGAAUUAUAAUAAUAAAAGUUAUCAUCAAAUUUGGCUGCUAAAGAUAUUAUUUUUAAUGAAGAAAAUUUCAUUUCAAGAAAAAAAGAAUAAAGAAAUUAAUAUAAAUAAAAUAUUGAAAAAUUCUAUUCUCUUUAAACUGAAAAAGAUAUUACAUAAAAUUUUCACGAAAUGAUAACUCAAAUGGAUUUGGAUGAAUAAAAAUAAAAAUAAGCUGAACAAUUAUUUUAAAAUCAUAAUGAAUUACUUUAUGAAAUAAUUAAAGGAUUUCAAUAAUCUCGUAUAGUAAUUAAUACAAGAGCAAAGUUAAAGUAAUAGAAUUUUAAUUUUUAAUAGUAAAUUGCUCUCUGAAAAAUAAAAUGAUAUUCAAGACUAUAGAAAAACCAAGAUGUAUAAUUUAUUUAUGAAUUAAGUGAGAUAAUUUACAUUGUAAAAACAUUUAUAAGAAAAUGAAAAAAUUUACUUAUUGAAAAUGUUUAGAGAGAAUGAUUUAUAAGUUUUGGGAACAUUAGAAACCUAUUUGUAGAAUCAAGAUGCUCAAGAUAUGUUAGAAACUUUAUAAAUGAUUGUAAAACAAUAUGCUAAAUUUACAAAUGUAAUUACAUUAGUAAUUUUUAGAUUAAUUAAUUAGUUUCAGAUUAAUCUCCUUUAGAAUAGUAAUAAUUAAAUACCCCUGUUUUAUUAGGAGCUAAAGAAAUAUUAUCAAAAAUAAAGUAAUAUUUCUCAGCUGAAGAAAAAAAUAGAUUAGAAAGUAUUGCUAGUGGUUAAGGAGAAACUAAUAUUAUUGAACUCUAUUCUCAAUAUUAAUAAGAUUAAGAUUUGAAUGGAUUUAUAGCAUCAAUCAAAAAAUUAAGUUAAUAAGAUUCUUUCAAAAAAUUACAUUAAACAAUUACUUUUGAAGAUUUAUUAAAAAAAUUAAAAAAAGAUGGUUUAUUGAAAAUUGAUGACUAUAUGUUAGGUUUAAUAUGUAAGAAAAAAAAUGAAUAAAGAAUUAAAGGAGUUUUUGAAAUUUACUUGUAUUCAAAAAAUGUUGAGGAUUUUAUAGAAAGCAUUAAGAGUAUUUAAAAAUUAUUAUAAUAACGUAAAACAAACAAAUAUUAUUAGAACUCAUAUAAUAAACAUUAGAAUCAUUUGAAAGAGAUAAUCUCUUACCUGAAAAUAAAUUGUUAAAAUUAAAGGAAAUAGUUUAUGAUUAUCAAAAAGACUAUCCUAAAUUAGUAGGAGCAUUUUCUUUAUAUUUUGAAUAGUCAUAAUUAGAUCCUAAAGGAGCAAAAGAUGAGAUUUUAGAAACCUUAAAUAUUUUUGCUUAAUGA